AUGUGCUUCGUCAAAUCUAUCUUCGGCCUUCGCUUGCCUGAUCCACGCCGUUGUCACAUCAAAAGGCCUGUCCUGUACUUGAAGGACGGUGUAGAGGAACUCCAACUUCAGGACGAGUGGGACCAGCGAGAAAUGCUCCAAACCCAGCAGGCACGGCGCCGGGACGCCGAUCCAGGGACUCGCGCGGAGGUUGAAACGUGGGGAUGCGAAACAGAUGCCACAGGGGCAGUGUUUCGAUCUGGUAGGAGAUCACAAGACUCGGCUAUACUGGCGUCGGGGGCAUAA